AUGGCCACUAACUAUAAAGAAAUUUUGAAUCUAAAGUAUAAUUUGGCUUCUAGUCAACUAAGUGUUUUAAGCAUCCCAAACAAAAAUACUGUCCUGAUCAAAAAUUUGCUGAAUAGAAAAAUAAAAUUUUCUGACAGAGGAAAUGAAGUUGGAUCCAUAAAUUAUAUUUCUAAGUCAAGCCAUUAUUUUAUUAAAACGAAAGCGCUGAAGAUCGAUUGUUUUUUGCCCUUUUUAAACAAUGAAACCACAGUUGCUAUCCGUCCCCAAGUUUUCAAAGAAUUUGAUUUGAAGGAAGACGAUUUAAUAAUUUCCAAAGAUGCGAACAUUGGUGAAGCGGUAGUUUUAGACCAAGAUUAUCCUAAUUUUACCAUGUCGA